AUGGCUCCGUUUAAUAUAAAUGAUUUCAUAUCUGAACCUUCUCUUGAUUUAUUGGUGAAUACUACUCUUAAAAAAGACGAUUGGAAGGCACUUGCUGGUCAUUAUGAAAUUGAAAUUAGAGCUUGCAUGACGAAAGCAGUGAUUAAAAGCAUUGUUAUUGAAAGUCUAGUAAAUUCAGACAUUCUUCCCAUGUCAGCGUUGUCUUUAUGUGAUAAAGUACCCCAUGAAGAAAAUAGUAAUGUUUCUGAACUAAUUGAAUUACGAAAGCUAGAGCUUAGAAAAUUAGAAUUAGAGCUUCAGAUUGGGGAAAGAGCUGGCUUUAGUCAACAAAAACCGCGCUUUGAUAUUAGCAAACACGCAAAAUUAAUUCCUCUCUUUGAUGAACAAGACCCCGAGGAAUUUUUCUUACAAUUUGAAAAGAUUGCAGAAAGCUUAGACUGGCCUGAAGAGAGCUGGACUGUGAUGAUCCAAACAGCUUUUACUGGACAAGCUAAGAGAGUGUUCACUAAUUUACCAAAAGAAAUAUGUAAAGAUUAUGAUGCUGUGAAAGAUAUAAUUCUUCAAGCUUAUGAUUUAGUCCCAGAAGCUUACAGACAGAAGUUUCGAAACCUAAGAAAAUUGGAGUCACAGACUUACGUAGAAUAUGCUGCUGAGAAAGAGAGGCUUAAAGCAGCAAUACUUGCUGACAAUUUUUCAUUAACUCAUAGUAGACGCAAAACUCAGAGUUAUCUUUGUGCUGGAAGGAAGUCAGGUGGUAGUGAAGAGUCAGGUGAUCAGGGUGCUAGGCCUAGUAAAAUUGUAAAAUCUGCUCAAGGGAAAAAUAAAAUAGGAGUAGACAAGAUUGAUUCUUUAGUAACUUGUUUCUAUUGCAAACAACGUGGCCAUGUAAUCGCUGUGUGCCCUAAAUUAGCUGCUAAAAAUGUCGCUAAGGGAGCGACUUCGCUUACUGUUGAUUUAGUGGAAGAGACUGAUGUUAAUACUUCCCAUGAUGUUAAGUCUGACAUUUUUGAGCCGUUUAUUUUCACGGGAUUGGUUGCAAGUGACAUGUCCUCAGAUAAGAGUUACCCUGUUCGAAUUUUAAGGGAUACCGCUUCUUCCCAGAGUGUAUUAGUUAAGGCUUCUAUGCCUUUCGUGGAGAAUUCAUACACUGGGGAAUUCGUAGUCAUUCGGGGUUUUGGAGGGACCGUCACUCUCCCGUUAGCGCGGAUAUUUUUGCGAUCAGACUUAGUUGAUAGAUACAUCACAGUUGGAGUUCACGACUUUCCUCUUCCUGUGAGCGAAGCAACUUUGUUGCUAGGGAAUGACGUAGCUGGCGAAUGCGUUGUACCUGACCCGAUUGUACGCCCUGUACCGUCCGGAGUGAACCCCACAGAAUCCCUCGAGAAUGAGUAUCCGUAUCUCUUUCCCUCGUGCGCAGUAACGCGAAGCGUGUCUAAACGCAUUGAUAAGGAAACCUCUCCGACUAAUGUACCUAAUUUUGAUAACUUGACAAUUAGUUCCUUAUUUAAUGAGGAAGAGGGUAAUGAGGAAAAACUUGAUUCUGUGAAAGAGGUUAGUAUUAGGAGUUUACCAAUAACUCGUGACAUGCUCAUCGAUGCACAACGUAAGGAUAAAGAGUUAUGCAAAUAUUUUAGUCUUGUUGACGAUUCACAGCCACUCGAUAGUAUGUACUACUUAAAUUCUGGUGUAUUAAUGCGGAAGUAUAGACCUGUUGAUGUUCCGGCAACAGACACCUUUACAGAGAUUCAUCAAGUAGUUGUUCCUUUUCCUUAUAGACAGGAUGUUAUAAGUCUUGCUCAUGAUAUUAAUGGAGGUCACUUGGGAGUUUCCAAAACGUACUUUAAAAUUCUCAAACACUUUUACUGGCCAAAAAUGAAGAAGGAUGUGUCAUCAUAUUGUAAGACUUGUCAUUAUUGCCAGGUUGCAGGGAAACCUAACGAAGUAAUUCCCCCUGCCCCGCUUCACCCCAUUCCGGUAGUUGCUCAACCUUUUAACCAUAUCUUAAUUGACUGUGUCGGACCAUUACCGAAAACCAAAUGCGGUAAUCAGUACUUACUGACGAUCAUGUGUGCUACAACCCGUUACCCAGAGGCUAUUCCCCUUCGAAAUCUGACCGCAAAAAGUGUGGUAAAAGCUCUGACUAAUUGUUUUACUCAGUUUGGGAUCCCGAAUAAAGUACAGUCUGAUCAAGGUGCAAACUUUACAUCCGGUCUCUUUCAACAAGUCAUGAAUGAAUUAUCAAUUAAGCAAUAUUUGUCCACUGCUUAUCACCCUGAAUCACAAGGAGCCUUAGAAAGAUUUCAUCAAACAUUCAAAUGUAUGUUGAGGAAAUAUUGUGUAGAGGUGGAGAAAGACUGGGAUGAAGGUGUUCAUGUGUUACUGUUUGCUAUCAGGGAAAGCAAACAAGAGUCUCUCGGGUUUUCUCCAUUUGAAUUGGUGUAUGGCCAUGAAGUUCGAGGUCCCUUAAAGCUAUUAAAAGAGAGUUGGGUAUCAGAGGAACAUGUGAUGCCAUUAUUAAAAUAUGUCCAUACUUUUAAAGAGAGACUACUGCAUGUUCGUGAUUUUGCCAUGAAAAAUUUGUUGAAUGCCCAAGGCGUCAUGAAAGAACAAUAUGACAAGAAGGUUGAAAAAAGAGAAUUUGAGCCAGGACAGUUAGUGUUACUGUUUCUCCCUCUUUCGAAAAAUGCUUUACAGUCUAAGUAUUUUGGUCCCUAUCGCAUUAAAGAAAGAAAAGGUGAUGUAAAUUACGUUAUAGAGACCCCAGACCGUAGAAGGCAGGAACGUUUAGUUCAUGUAAAUCUAAUUAAGCCUUAUCACAAUAGAGAAGCAAUGGUAGAGCAUAAAGUGUUAGCUGUAAUCUCGGAAACAGAAGAGUUUUGUAUAGAUGACCCAGUAAAACUAAACAACAGUGACAUUUUGACUAAUCUUAACUCAAAAUUACAGCAUCUGUCAUCUCGUCAAUCUGAAGAGUUGGUGCUUCUCUUGAAGGAAUUCCGGUGUGUGUGUAGUGAUGUCCCGAGACCCUGCAGAGGUGUACAACACGAUAUAGUACUGAUCGAGAACUCUGCACCCAUAAAGCAGUCUCACUAUCGGCUGAGCCCCGAGAAGCGAAAGAAGCUUCGGGAGGAGGUGGACUUCCUCCUUGCCAACGGACUUGCGGAGUCGAGCGACAGCGAGUGGGCUUCGCCUUGCCUGCUCGUCCCCAAAGCCGAUGGUGGAUUGCGUCUCUGCACGGACUACCGUAAAAUCAACAAAGUGACUCGCUCUGAUUCCUUUCCUCUACCGCGCUUGGAUGAUGUCAUCGAUGGUAUCGGCAGAGCUCAGUUCGUAACAAAAAUCGACUUGCUGAAGGGAUACUACCAGGUGGAGCUGACGGAGAACGCGAGAAGAAUAGCAGCUUUUGUCACCCCCGACGGUCUCUUCGAAUACAAGGUCAUGCCGUUUGGGUUGAGGAACGCCCCAGCAACUUUUCAGAGGUUGAUUAAUGGUGUCAUUCGAGACUUGGAAGGUGUUCAAGCAUACCUGGACGACCUCGUCAUCACGUCGGAUACUUGGGAAGAACACCUUGAGCGACUUCGAGCUUUACUCGCACGGCUCGCUGAGGCUGAGCUGACAAUUAACCUGGCGAAGAGCGAGUUCGGGCAUGCCAAGGUCAUUUUCCUGGGUCACGUGGUUGGGGGAGGCACAGUGGCACCCGUCACUGCCAAAGUUGAGGCGAUCUUGCAGUACCCGACUCCGACAGACCGCAAGUCUUUGCAACGCUUUCUUGGAAUGGCUGGUUACUACAGGAGGUUCUGUCCGAAUUUCGCUCACGUAUCUGCCCCUCUAACAGACUUAAUUAGCCCUAAGAAGCAAUUUACUUGGACGUCAGAAUGUCAAGAAUCCUUUGAGAAAAUACGAGCCAUGCUUACGUCUCCUCCAGUUCUGACGUCUCCUGAUUUUGAAAAACCAUUCUGCCUGCACAUCGACGCGAGUGACAGUGGAGCGGGAGCUGUGUUACUACAGGCUGGGCCCGACGGUGUACUUAUGCCUGUCUGUUACUAUUCGUGCAAGUUUAAAAAACACCAGAAAAGUUAUUCGACUAUUGAAAAAGAACUUCUCUCAUUGUUAAUGGCGCUAGAAAAGUUUCAAGUUUACUUGAAUAGUGCGACACAUCCAGUAACUGUUUACAGUGAUCAUAACCCUUUGAAGUUCUUAGAUAAAAUGAAAAACCGAAAUCAAAGGUUAAUGAGAUGGUCUUUAAUGAUACAGCAAUUCCAUCUAGAAAUAAAACAUAUAAAGGGGAAAGAUAACGUCUUAGCUGAUAGCCUUUCGAGACUAUAG